UGCAUCCAACAGCUGAUUUUGUUAUCUGGGACGCACUUUGACCGGCCUUUGGAAAAGCUAUAACUAUGCUAAAGUCAACACCCUAGUCGUUAAUCCGACGAAAUGGACUUUCGAAAUGCCCGUGCCCGGCAGCCGGAGAUCGUGCGUUCUGUGCAAAAGGAUGCUCGCUAUACGAACGAGCUGGCCGAGGACUUUUCCGAUGUCCUGCGGCUCACAGGCCCAAGGAAUUGGAUAAAGUACAACCAGAUGUGCCGGCUGCUGGCGGAGCUGAGCUACCACGGCUUCGCGUCGGCCAACAACUUACAAACCCUCGGGGAGGAGUACACAGGGAUCAUACAGGUGGACGGUAACUACAAGCAGAUUCCCAGCAGAUUGUUGCAACUCCUGGCCAUCGUCCUUGAGUUUGGUGGUGACUCCUUGUUCCAGCGACUGUUGCAAAAACUGGAACUGUACGUGGCCAACCAUGAGGAAAUCCGUCCCCAGGCCAAGCAGCAGUUGAAAAAGAUCAUCCUGCGGGUGAAGCAAUCUCCAGGCUAUGUUAAGGCCUUGCACAAGUCACUCUUCUACUUGGACGCCAGCAAAUAUCAGUUGUCCAAGCGCACCACGGGCAUCAACUACGUGCUCAUCCGCCACUGGUUGCAGCCAGAGUUCUCACUGUACGGCUACAAGAUCCUCGGCGUGAUCACCUUCCUGCAGGUCACCGUUUCGCUGGCCAUCAGUGGCUGGGAUGCCUGGCGAGAGCAUCGGCGCCAGCAAUUGGAGGCGAUCAAGCAGGCGGGCAAGAAAUUGUUCCUGCAGCGGCGAUCAACAAGUGUUAAGGACGCAGAUCCGGACUCGGAUGCCCCUCAGUGCAUUCUUUGCCUGGAGCCGCGAUCCCAUAGCAGUCUGACGCCCUGCGGUCACAUAUUUUGCUGGCACUGCCUGCUGGAGUGGCUGGAGGAGCGGGAUGAGUGCCCUCUGUGCCGCGAGUCGCUGAAGAAGUCCCAGGUGAUCCUGCUACAGAACUAUUCCUAGGAUUAAGAUAGCCCUACUAAUGUGUACCUGUAAAUGCCAUGUAUUAUUUGAAGACAUUUGCUUUGGAAUUGAUAUAUAUUUUUUACGAUUGAA